AUGUCUUACAGCAGAGUUGGAGUCGUCACCGGUGCAAACAAGGGCAUUGGCCUAGCCAUUGUGCGCCAACUUGCACUCCAGUAUCCCAAGUCGCCGCUCAACAAUGGACCUUUCUUGAUUUACCUGACUGCACGCGACCAGAGCAGGGGAGAAGCAGCUGUGAAGAAUCUCGAGCAAGAUGCACAACUCAAGCAAGCAAAGGCACUCAAAGCCGACGGCGGGCUUUCAGAAAUCAAAUUCCACUUACUGGACAUCACAAGCAGCGACAGUAUCAAGACACUCGCGGAUCACCUAAAGCAAGCCCACAGCGAGGGCAUCGACUUUGUCAUCAACAACGCCGGUAUUGCCUUGGACGGCUACAACGCCGACAUUGUGAAAAAAACACUAAACUGCAACUACUACAAAACCCUCGAAGCAAGCCACACCUUCCUGCCCCUCCUCAAACCUACCGGCCGCCUCGUCAACGUCGCCUCCAUGUCCGGCAAGCUAAACAAGUACUCGGAGCCCGUCCGCAACCGCUUCCUCAGCGCAAACUCCGAAGCCGACAUCACUGCCAUCAUGCAGGAUUUCGUUGCCGCCGUCGAAGCUGGCAAAGAAAAAGAACGGGGGUUCCCGACUGCGGGAUAUGCGGUUAGCAAGGCGGGGCUGAUUGGCGCGACGAAGAUACUGGCGAAGCAGGUCAAGGAGAGCGGGAGGGAGGGUGUGCUGGUUAAUGCUUGCUGUCCGGGCUAUGUGAAUACGGAGAUGACAAAGGGGAAUGGAACUAAGACGCCGGAUCAGGGGGCGCAGACGCCGGUGCUGCUUGCGUUGGGGGAUAUUGGGGGUAAGGCUGGUGGGUUUUGGCAGGAGGAGAAGGAGAUUGAGUGGGUUGGGGAGCUGAAAGGUUGA